ACUAUUAGAUUUUGGCUGCUCGUUAUCAGUCUAAAUUAGUUCUCAUGUCGCUCAUACACUCACUGCUCGUGGGCAUAGCACUAGUUGCUGUCGUCCGCGGCAAUAUGAGCAGUUGCAUCAUGAAGGAUCUCGGGCACCAUGGUCCCUUCUUAAUUGACUAUGCUGACAGGCUUCCCAGCGGGACAACCACGAACGUGAAAAUACCAACGAACAUCUGCUCGCCACCAAUGAAGACUGUCGGUGUGAUAAUUAAUGUGUGCAACAAUAACUUUAACAACACGCACUCAGCCAUGAUCGACGGACCGUCGGAGGACACUUUCUCUCCUGUGGACAUCACCUGUCGGGACCCGACCGGCUGCUCGCUUUUCGUUAAUAUAUUUUGCGGGAAAUAAUAAUAUAGAAUGUUUAACGAAAAAGAAGACGAACAUGUAAUCACCGAUAAUUAUAAAAGUGCACGUAA